AUGAAUAAACAAAGCUCUCCAAUAUUUUUUUUGGUUAUUUUGGUCUUCUUCAUCUUUGUCUUCUUUUCAUCGGCCAAUGCUGUGCCAAAGAGGAUCGAUAAGAGAGCAUGCGAACAGAUAACCCGCUCCUGCAUAUUUGUACCUGUAAAGGGAAAUCCAAAAAACCAAACUGAAGGUCGAAUUGAUUUCCAACAGCAGGUCAGUUGCAAUGUGAUUGUCCAAGGACUGUUAUCUACAGUUCAUCAUCCCAAUGCGACCGGCUAUGAUACUCUUCUUGCACACUACGAUGUCCAUAUUACCACAAUCCCUGAUGCUGCAGAACCUUCUUUCCUCGAUCUGGAAGAUUUUAUCACUACACCUUCUGAUCCAGACAGAAUCAAUGAGCCUUUUUCCAUCACAUUACCAGGAAACAAAUUUCGUGCAGAUUUUUUUACGACUGCAAACAAAUACUAUAUCGUAGUGGCGUUCGAACCUCAAGGCGAAGGAACAGUGGAUAUGAUUCUUGGAUCUUGUCUGGUCAUUGACCCUAACCACCCAUAA